AUGGUAUGCUACGCCGACGAUGCAGCUAUUUUCGGGGAAACGCAGGACGACCUACAGAGACAACUACACAAAUUCUGCCAGGUCAGCCAAGCGAUGAACAUGACUGUAUCCACAGAAAAAACGAGAAGCAUAACUUUUGCUAAAGAGCCCCUACGAUGUAAGCUGGUAGUUCAGGACAAAAUAAUCGAUAAAAUCUCACAAUUUAAAUACCUGGGUAUGGACCUGUCGAGUUAUCACGACCCAGUGAAGGACCUAAGAAGCCAGAUCAACAAAGCGACUGCCGUAUGGGUCUGCUUAAGGCAGACAAUGUGGGCGAACGAAUACAUGCGAAAGGAUAGCAAGUUUAGGAUCUAUCAGACUUGUAUCAGGCCAAUCAUGGCAUACGGAAUAGAAACCAGAGAGGAAACCAACAAUAGGAAAAGCAUGCUUCGAGUAGCCGAAAUGAAAACGCUCAGGACUAUAGUGGGAAAAAUAAGAGUAGAUCGAAUCAGGAACACUGGCAUCAGGAAACAAUGUGCGGUGCAAGACAUCGUAAGAUUGGGGAGACAAAGAAAAAGAUACUGGUACUCCCAGUGUACUGGUGAGAAGAAUGGAAGAGAGUAG